CAAUAGCCCAGUUGGUCAGUAGGACAGCAACAAAGAUGAACAAGUUUGCCGCCGUACUGGUGUUGGCCAGCAUUUGUCUGGCGGGCGUUUCGGCCCAGUGCCCGCGUAUCGUGACCCGCGCUCAGUGGGGAGCUCGUGCUGCCAGCACCGCCCAGCUGCCGAUCCGUCCGGCCCCGUGGGUCGUGAUGCACCAUACGGCCGGUGCCCACUGCACGACGGAUGCCGCCUGUGCCCAGCAGAUGCGUAACAUCCAGUCCUUCCACAUGGACGGCAACGGUUGGGCUGACAUCGGCUACAACUUCCUGGUCGGUGAGAACGGUGCUGCCUACGAGGGUCGCGGUUGGGGUCGUCAGGGAGCGCACGCCCCCGGCUACAACGAUCGCUCGGUCGGCAUGGGUGUGAUGGGCACGUUCACCAACGGAAUCCCGAAUGCGGCCGCCCGUAACGCUGCCCAGCAGCUGAUCAGCUGCGGUGUCUCGCUCGGACAUAUUGCCUCCAACUACUGGCUGAUCGGACACCGACAGGCUGUGGCGACUGCCUGCCCCGGAAAUGCCUUCUUCAACGAGAUCCGCAACUGGCCGCGCUUCAACCCGAACGUGUAGAGCGUCGUGUCCUUCGUGUCCUGCCAUGUACAAUAUGUCUGAUUUUUAGAAA